GUUCUAUUAUACAGUAUAUAUUAAAGAGACACUCCAUUUCUUUUCUUCCAAUUCAAUACUUCCAUCUUCUUCUACUUCAUCAUUUCUAAAAAUUUUGGGAUUGCUUUGUUCUUUCUUCAAUCAAACAUCUCAGAGAUUCAGUAGCUUAAAGCUGUUUCCAUGGAAGCCAUAUUCCAAGAACAGCUUUUUCCUGGUGCAGAUGCUUUCAUUUUUAGGCACCCUUCUUCUUCAAUUCUAGUCGAUCCAAGAGAAGAUCAUGUUGUACAAAAUGGUACAAUAGUUAAUCGUCAUAGUUUUGAAGAUUACUCUCAUGUCCAUUCAAAUGUUUCGGUUCCUAUUGUCCGAGACGGAGAUUCUUCUCCUAAAGAGGAAGGGGAAAGAGAAGGAGAAGGAGAAGGAGAAGGAGAAGGAGAAGGGGACCAUUCUGAUGCAAUGUAUAAAUACAUAAGUCAGAUGCUAAUGGAAGAGGAAGAUUUGGAGUAUAAGCCCUGUAUGUUCCACGACUGUAUGGCUCUACAAGCUGCUGAGAAAUACUUCUCUGAUGUCCUUCAUGGAUCCGAAAACAUUACUAAUUCCCCCCAAUUUUCCGCCAUUAUUCCUCAGGAUAAGGAUUCCUCCUCUUGUCCUGAUUUCAGCAACAGUUCAUCUGAUUCUAUUGAGUCUCCUCAAUCGGAUCUUCGUUUGGAAUCCAUUAUUUCAAUGAAGAGUUUGUCUGUUGUCUCUAAUGGACUAAAUCAUGGCUCUUUGUUGACUUCCUUUCAUUCACCUAGUGGUUUGAGGGAAAAGAAAAAUCAUCAUCGACAAGAUGAUGACCACCAGAGGAGUAACAAACAGUUGGCUACAUUUGCUGCUGAUGAAUCUGAACCAUUGGAAAUGUAUGACAAUGUGUUGUUGCUUUGUCCAAAUAAUCCAUGUGUUCCGCCUAAUGAAGUUAAAAAACCAACCAAAGUUGGAAGGCCGAGAUCAGGUGGUAAGAAGCAUAGCAGCAGCAAGAAGGAAAUAGUGGAUUUGAGAGGUCUGUUGACUCAAUGUGCACAGGCAAUGUCAAGCUAUGACACCCGAACAGCUAAUGAGUUACUGAUGCGGAUAAGACAACACUCUUCGUCCCACGGGGAUGGGACAGAGAGGUUGGCUCAUUAUCUUGCCAAUGCCCUUGAAGCACGGCUGUCCAGCACAGGGACAGCGUCGUAUACAGUGUUUGCAUCCAGCAGGAUAUCAGCUGCUCACAUUUUGAAAGCUUACAAGGCGUUUAUCACAGCAUGCCCAUUCAAGUUGAUGUCAAACAUUUUCGCGAACAAGUAUAUCAAGAAGUUGAUUACUGGAGGAGCACCAAGGACGAUACACAUAAUUGAUUUUGGGAUUUUAUACGGUUUCCAGUGGCCUUGUCUCAUACAAAGUCUAUCGGCCUUGAGCCGUGGGGAACCUAUAAAGCUCCGCAUUACUGGAGUCGAACUUCCCCAGCCUGGUUUCCGGCCAGCAGAGAGGGUUGAGGAUACAGGGCGUCGCCUAAAGAAGUACUGUGACAGAUUUAAUGUUCCUUUCGAAUUUAAUGCCAUAGCGAAGAAGUGGGAAAGCAUCACGCUUGAAGAGCUAGCGAUUAACAGGGAUGAGGUGCUUGUGGUUAACAGUUUGUAUAGACUAGGGAACAUACCUGAUGAGACAGUAGUACCAACCAGUCCAAGGGAUGUUGUCUUGGAUUUGAUCAGGAGGAUCCGUCCUGAUAUGUUCAUCCACGGAGUGGUGAACGGGACUUACAACACUCCAUUCUUUUUGACACGGUUUAGGGAGGCGCUUUUUCACUUCUCUACUCUGUUUGAUAUGUUUGAGGCUACCAUGCCCCGUGAGGACGAGGACAGAAAGCUUUUCGAGGAAGAGGUUUUUGCAAGAGAUGCUAUGAAUGUGAUAGCUUGUGAAGGAACAGAGAGGGUCGAGAGACCUGAAACGUACAAGCAGUGGCAACUUAGAUGCGCGAGAGCUGGAUUUAAACAGCUGCCACUUGACCAGGAGAUUGUCAACUUUGUCAGCAACAAAGUGAGGCGGGAGUACCACAAGGACUUCUCAGUGGAUGAAGAUAGCCAGUGGAUGCUGCAAGGAUGGAAAGGACGUGUAGUUUACGCUCUCUCUUGUUGGAAACCUGCUCAGCAGUCGUAAAAUUUAGUAGUAUUAGGUCAUUUCUUUGCUCCUAUAUAUUUCACCUAAGGUCGAGCUAUAGUCAACUUUAGGUCAUGGCUGCUUGAUUGAUUUUCUUUUUUUGUUGGUAGAAGCAUUGUAAAAUCUGUUAAUUUUGUUUCAAUGCCACUGGAUUAUUUAGAAGCUCUGCCAUUACACACU